AUGGCACGAUCAGACUGGCCAGAUCAACGACCGGCUCAGCGCGCGGUACGAUCGCUGUCGCAGCCGGCACUACAGCCGAUAGAAAAUUCAGGAGCAGCGAGCAAGACUUUGCAGAACGCCCCAAGAGUCACAACAAGCGGCGCUCGCGUGAGUCGCUUCCCGAUCGCCACCCAGCCGGCUGUUUUCGCGCUGCUGGUGAUUGCGGCCCUGUUGUCCAGUGGGGUCUUAGUAGCGACCGCUGCGGCCGAGCCGCGGGCCUUUGAUGUGCGCGAUCUAGUGAUGUUCGAACGCCUGUCCGACCCGCAGCCCUCGCCCAACGGCCGCUGGGUGGCCUUCACGGUGCGUUCGACUGAUCUGGAAGCCGACAAGGGCCGCACUGACAUCUGGCUGGUGCCGAGUGAUGGUUCGGCAGCGCCGCGGCGGCUGACCGAGAAUCCGGCGGCGGAUUACAGCCCACGGUGGGCGGUCGAUGGCCUGAGUCUCUUCUUUCUGUCGACCCGCUCGGAGUCGUCACAGAUUUGGCAGCUGAAGCUCGGCGGUGGGGAGGCGCGGCAGAUCACCGACUUGCCGGUCGAUGUCGACAACCUGGUGUUGUCGCCGGACGGUCGGCGACUGGCCUUCACCGCAGCGGUGGCGGCGGGUUGCAAGGAUCUCGCCUGCACCGCUGAGCGCUCCAAGACGGCCGCGGACAGCACGGUCAGCGGCCAGCUCUACGACCAACUCUUCGUGCGCCAUUGGGACACUUGGAAGGACGGCAGCCGGUCGCACCUGUUCGUCUGGCACCCAGGUUCGGCCGAGCCGGUCGAUGUCAGCGCGGCGCUCGAUGCCGAUGUACCGUCGCAACCCUUUGGCGGUGCCGAGGAGAUUACUUUUACUCCGGAUGGCACUCAGAUCGUUUUCGGCGCUCGCACCGCCGGUGCCGAGGAGCCUUGGUCGACCGAUUUCGACCUCUUUGUCGCCCCGGUCGAUGGUUCGGCAGCGCCGCGUCGGUUGAGCGACAACCCGGCUUGGGACACCGCGCCGACGUUCUCGCCCGAUGGCCGCACCCUGGCCUAUCUGGCGAUGCGCCGGCCAGGCUAUGAGUCGGACCGUUUUCGGAUCGUGCUGCGCGAUUGGCAGAGUGGUCGCGAGCGAGUGCUGACCGAGAGUUGGGAUCGCUCGCCGUCGGGUAUUACCUUUUCGGCUGACGGCCGCACGAUCUACACCGUGGCGGCCGACCUGGGAUCGCGGCCACUGUUUGCCAUCGAUGUCGCUAGCGGCGAGGCUCGCCGGUUGAUCGCCGGCGGUCGAGUGCGCUCGCCGGCGGUGAUAGGCGAGCGCCUGGUGUUCGGUCGCGACUCGCUGCGCUCGCCUGUCGAGCUGUUCACCAGCGAUCUCGACGGCGGUGAUGAAAAGCGGUUGACCGACCUCAAUCGCCAGCGCCUCGAUCAAGUCCUGCUGGGCGAGCCCGAGCAGUUCACCUUCGCCGGCUGGAACGGGGAGACCGUGCACGCCUAUCUGGUGCGCCCGGCCGACUUCGACCCGGCCAAGCGCUAUCCGGUGGCUUUCUUGAUCCACGGUGGGCCGCAGGGAUCUUUUGGCGAUGACUUCCAUUACCGCUGGAAUCCCCAGACCUAUGCCGGUGCCGGCUAUGCCGCGGUGAUGGUCGAUUUCCACGGCUCGGUGGGCUACGGCCAGGCGUUCACCGACUCGAUUGCCGGCGACUGGGGCGGCAAGCCGCUCGAAGAUCUGCAAAAAGGGCUGGCUGCGGCGCUCGAGCGCUAUCCCUUUCUCGACGGUGAGCGAGUUUGUGCGCUAGGGGCCUCCUACGGCGGCUACAUGAUCAAUUGGAUCGCCGGCAACUGGCCCGAGCGCUUUCGCUGUCUGGUCAACCACGACGGUCUCUUCGACCUGCCCUCGAUGUACUACAGCACCGAGGAGCUGUGGUUCCCAGAGUGGGAGUUCGGCGGCACGCCGUGGCAGGUCCCCGAGGCCUAUCAACGCCACAACCCGGCCAACCACGUCGACAAAUGGCAGACCCCGAUGCUGGUAGUGCACGGUGCGAAGGACUAUCGGGUCGUCGACACCCAAGGCCUGGCGGCGUUUACCGCCUUGCAGCGCCGUGGUGUGCCCAGCCAACUGCUGUAUUACCCGGACGAGAACCAUUGGGUGUUGAAGCCCCACAACAGCAUUCAGUGGCACGAAACGGUGCUGGCGUGGCUGGAUCGUUGGACUGUCGAGAAGAGACUUCCUUUGUUAGCUAGUCAGGCCAUUGUCGACGCCUUCAGCACCCAGGUGGGCAACGAGCUGGGCGCAUCCAACCAAUACAUCUCGAUCGCUGCAUAUUUUGCCGACGAGGAUCUCGAUCAGCUGUCGCAGUUCUUCUUUCGCCAGUCCGAGGAAGAGCGCCAGCACGCGAUGAAAUUCGUCCACUUCAUCCUCGAAGUCGGGGCGACGCCGAAGAUGCCGGCAAUCCCGGCUCCGCGCUGCGAGUUCUCAUCCGCGGAAGACGCGGUCCAGGCUGCCCUGGCCUGGGAGAAGGAGGUCACCGAGCAGAUUUACGGCUUGGUGGACCUGUGCCAGCAAGAACGCAACCACAUCGCGCUGCGCUUCCUCGAUUGGUUCGUCGAUGAGCAGCUCGAAGAGGUCAGCACCAUGAACACCCUGCUCGGGGUGGUCCAGCGGGCUGGUGAAGACAACCUGCUCUAUGUCGAAGACUACGUCGUCCGCCACGGCGUCGAAGGCGCCGCCGGAGCGCCGAACGGCGAGUGA